AUGUCAUCCUUAGAAUGGUUAAAUGUUAACGAUCUUCAAUUAAAGCAAUCUAUCGAAAAAUUAAUCAACGAAUAUCCUGCCAGUUCACAAACCAUUCAACGUCUUGUUCAGUAUUAUGAAAACAAUAAUGAUAAUGAUAGAGACGCUAAACGCCGUAAAUUAGAUCAAUCCAUCAUGAAUAAUGAGCUUUUACGUCUCGAUGACAUCUCUUUCCAAUUACCUGCAAGAAAGAAAUAUGAUCUUAUCAUCACAAAACCUAACGAAACGCGUCAUGUUCUAUUAUAUAAUAACAAGACAAAUAAAGUUGAAUUUCAGUACACUGUUGACCAAUUUUCGCACUUGGGCGGUGCAUGUGUCCUCACACCUGAUAAAGCCAUUAAAACCUAUACUUAUACACUCUUUUUGACAGAAAGGGAUUGUCUAGUCUUUACAACACAAGAGAAAACAGAUAUUACCAUUAAAAAAUCAUCUGUGACAGAAAUAUUUUCAAGCGAUCAAAAACAUGUAUCGAUUUGUGAACUUUUAACUGAAUUCACAUCUGUACCCAUCGCACAACCCUCUAAGGAUUAUUUUACGUCUACAGGGGAUAAUAAGCCAACAGAGAAUAAAGACUAUGUUGUAGCCUACCAUAAAGCUAAAGAUGGAUUCUUAUUCUUUUUACCCACUGGUAUCUUGUUUGGGUUCAAGAAACCAACUAUUUUUGUGCCUGCAUCAAGUCUUAUGUCAACAGUUAUUACUUCUGUUACAAAUCGUACCUUUGAUUUUAUGCUAAAACUAAGACCUGAAGCAGUCUUGUUGGGUUCUUCAGGUUUUAGGACUACUAAAGAAGGAGAUGAAGAUACAAUUCAAUUCUCAAUGAUUGAACAGUCCGAAUAUGAAGGUAUCGAAGCUUAUACAAAGAAGCUGAACAUCAAUGACCAUAGCAUGUUAGAAGAAAGAAAGGCACCUGUGAAUAAAAAACAACAAAGACAAGAUGAAGAUGUGGAAAUGUUACAAAAGGAAGAUUUGAAAGGAAAAGGCAAGGAACGAGUUAUUGAUCAACCACCACAACAGAAUAAUGAGGAUUCUGAUGAAUAUGAUGAAGAUUUUGAACCUAGUAGUGAUGAGGAACACGAUCCUUUAGAAUAUGAUACAGAUGCAGAUGAGGAAGAAGCAGAUAGAGAAUUAGCUGGUGAAAAUAUACACGAAUUUCAAGAUGCUGUAUUCAAUGAUCAAGAUGAAGAAGAAGAAGAAGAAGAACAAUUACUAGAUGAAAGUGAUUAA